CAAACCUGUUUGGGUAAAAAAUCGUUUUAGUCUUGCAACACCGAUUUAACCCCAUAACUGUAGUAUGUUUUCCUUGUACUUUUGGUAACUACGCUAUCGCAGUUCAGCCAAUCACAAAACCGAUCCUAAUAGGCGGUCCUGUCUUCUAUUGGCUAAGAACUUCCACGCUCAAACUCGGUCACGUUAGGAAAAAAACAGGAGUUAAUUCAUAAAUUUGUCAAUUUGUCAUACGCGUCGGAGAUGUGUCAGUGGGUGAUCGUUGCCGUGUACAUAUUUGUGUCGUAAAUGUGGUGUGUUUCAGUGAUAAUGAGAAAACCUACGCUGGACACCAUUAUUAUUAAGUGAUGAAUGCUUUUUAAGUUCAGUGUCUCGUUGUAAUUGUUUUCAUUUGUAUGUCAUCGGACUUGGCAACAUGGCGGCCCCCCGUCAAAAAUCACAACAGAAAAACAUCUCUUCGAUAUUUUCGAAACUACACGGCGCCUUUUCCGGUGCCGUGUGCCCUACGAAGCUGGCGACUGAUAAAAGAACCUUGAACAAGACGUGGGAGUUGAUGGAUAAAGUGGUUAAACUGUGUCAGCAUCACAAGAUGAACUUGAAAAAUAGUCCUCCUUUCAUUUUAGAUAUUUUGCCGGACACAUAUCAGAGAUUGCGUAUUAUUUAUUCUAAAUAUGAGGACAAUAUGCAGGCGCUGAAUAGCAAUGAACAUUUUAAUAUAUUUAUUAUAAAUUUGAUAAGGAAGUGUAAGCAGGCUAUAAAGUUAUUUAAAGAGGGGAAAGAGAAAAUGUUUGAUGAAAAUUCACACUACAGGAGGAAUCUGACGAAGCUUAGUUUGGUGUUUAGUCAUAUGCUGAGUGAGCUGAAGGCUAUGUUUCCGAACGGGACGUUUGCUGGUGACCAGUUCCGCAUAACGAAGAGUGAUGCUGCAGAGUUUUGGAAAACCAACUUUGGAAACAGCACCCUGGUCCCCUGGAAGCUGUUCCGCGAAGAGCUGAACAACGUGCAUCCGAUAUCAUCAGGCUUGGAAACCAUGGCCCUCAAGACAACCAUCGAUCUCACCUGCAACGACUUCAUAUCUAAUUUCGAGUUUGAUGUCUUUACUAGGUUAUUCCAGCCUUGGAGUACGUUGCUACGGAACUGGCAACUGCUGGCGGUGACGCACCCCGGCUACGUCGCGUUCCUUACCUACGACGAGGUCAAAGCGAGGCUACAGAAGUACAUACAUAAGGCUGGCAGUUAUGUUUUUAGAUUAUCGUGUACAAGGCUGGGCCAAUGGGCAAUAGGCUACGUGACCGUCGACGGUGAGAUUCUACAGACCAUCCCGCAGAACAAGAGUUUGGUGCAAGCGCUCCUCGACGGGUAUAGAGAGGGAUUCUACCUAUAUCCUGAUGGGAGAGACGUUAACCCAGACCUGAGCAGCGCCAUCAUAUCUCCGGCUGAGGACCACAUCACAGUCACUCAAGAACAGUACGAGCUUUAUUGCGAGAUGGGAAGCACGUUUCAACUGUGUAAGAUCUGCGCCGAAAACGACAAAGACAUCAGAAUAGAGCCGUGCGGACAUCUACUCUGUACACCGUGUCUCACCGCUUGGCAAAUUGACUCUGAAGGCCAGGGCUGUCCAUUCUGCCGCGCGGAAAUCAAGGGCACGGAACAAGUUGUCGUGGACGCCUUCGUGCCGCCGCGGCCGCCUAACACUUCAGGCGAAAAACACACAAAAACUGCUGUAAAACAAGUAUCUUCGAAUUCGUCAGGUUCAUCAGGGUCGUCGGGUUGCAAUGGAUCUAGUGUUGAUGUCACAAUAUCGAGCAACGCCACUGCCAACGGAUGGUCGUCCAGAAACACCACGUUCAACGGCCUCACCGACGACAUCGACGAUGCAGAGGAUUGGUCGGAGUUCAACGCGGCCCUCUCCAGUAUAGCCGCGCUGCGCCCCCCGCGCUCGCCCCCGGCGUCCCCCCGGCACUCGCCGCGCCCGGGCCGGCGGCGGGGCGGGGCGGGCGGGGCGGCGGCGGGCGGCGCGGGCGCGGGCGCGGGGGAGAACGCGUACGGGGAGCUGCGCGCGCCGCCGCUCCCGCCGCGCAAGAGCCUGUCGCCCGGCGAGCACGGCCUGGCCGCCGCCACCAGCGUGCAGGACAUCGCGCUGGCCACGCAACAAGAGCCAAGGAGAAGAUCUUCUUUAGAACCAGAACCGGAUUCGAGGCAUCGGCUGACUUCCAUCAUAACUGGGUCCACGGAAACUAUUACUGGCAUCAUUGAUACGCGGCACGAGGUAAUACCACCAGACCCACGAGCAUUCGAGAAGCCUCGACGAGCGAACACACCACAAUCCAACAGCCGACCCCUCCCCGCACCCCCUCCCGAUAACUCUGAAGACCGACCCGAUAGAUCGGACAAACUACCCGACAGAUUGGACAGAGUACCGGACAGAUCGGACCGACUACCCGAAAGAUCGGACAGACUACCCGAAAGAUCGGACAGACUACCCGAAAGAUCAGACAGACUACCCGAAAGAUCGGACAGACUACCCGAAAGAUCAGACAGACUACCCGAAAGAUCGGACAGACCCGAUCGAUCGGGAGAAAGAACUGACAAACCAGAAAGGCUCCCAGAAAGAGAAAGAAUACCAGAAAAAGAAAGAAUACCCUUACCAACGGAAAGAGAACACAGGCCUGUCCCGGCAGAACGCGUUCUCGACAGAAUACCCCCCGUUCCGGCAGAAAGAGAGCAUAGGAUAGAAAAUAGAAUACCAGAAAGAGAUAGGGUACCUGUCCCCGACAAUAGAGAGAAAGUAGUGCCUUCAGAUAGACUAGAAUCCCCACCAGUAAUACCAGAGAAACCGGACAGGAUAUUUGACAGGGUUGAAAACAGAGCGCCGCCGCGGCAAAGGUCGUUGCCCACUAGUACUAGUGGGGGGGACAUCCAACCAACCAAAUCGACAACGAUGCCAAAAUUCCCGUCGGAAGAGAAAGAUCCGCCGUACGAGAAUGUGGCGGCGGAGAGGAAUGAACUCGCUGUCGCACCCAAAAAAUUCAACCCCCUAACGCACGACAAGAACGGCCGAAAGUACGCUGAGAACGUCUCGUACGAAAACAUUAAUUUAGACUACAUUGCUCGGCUAGUAGGCGAGGGUUACCCUAAAGAUAUCGUUGUGCGAGCAUUAGGCAUCACUAGAAACGAUUUGGAGAUGGCGUGUGAUAUUUUACACGAAUUCGGGUCGAAGGUGUCAAAUAAGUGCUAGCUUUAGUUUAGUUUAAUCGCUUAGUAAAUGAUGGGGAAACGUUAGACUAAUUUUACCUUGUGUCCCAGGUUUGGAACAUAAGAUUUCGCCUCGUGUCCCAUAUUUGGAACAUGGUUUAACCUUGUGUGCCAUAUUUGGAACACGCUCGCUUGUUUAAUAAGUUCGUGUGGUAUGCAUCCUUCCUGAAUUUAUAGUACAAACAUUGUUAUAAAUUGAUGUUUAUAAUAAACUUGCGGGUUGCGAGUGUGAUUAAUGUGUUCCAAAUAUGGAACAAAUUGUAAAUUAAAUUAUUUAUGUGAAAUUUACUGGAAAUAAAUAGUUAAUGAAGUCUGGAAUUUUGUUAUUUCAGUUUACAAUAUUAAAUAAUUUUAAUAAGUCUAACGGUUUUUACCAUCACUGCCAUCUCAUUAGUUUACCACAUUUUAGUGUUAGCCCGCGUUUGCUCACAAAUUAUCAGCUUUAUUUAUUAAAUCGCAAAUUGUACAUUUUGUGAUAGUAUCAUUAACACCAAUAUUGUAAGAAUCGUCAUAAUAUAGACUCAUAUAGAUAACUCUGAAAGCAAUAGCAAUCGUUCCUACUUCAACUUAAGCUGCAUUUUGUAGUAGCUGUACAUUUUCAAACCUGUAUCUUGUAAACAAUUACUAUUGGGUGACUUUGUUAUACAAAAUUAGUGACUGGCUAAAAAUAAGCCAUUUUAUUUAACCAUUUGACCGCGUAACUGCCCGAUUCAAACUUUAAGAAACGUCUAUUAAUAAAUCUGGAAACGAUAUGGAUUAGAUGUGUCAGUGUCAAA